UUCACAAGCGGUCGCUUCUCCCCGGAGGCUCGAGGGCUCCUCCGCGCUGUGCCCGGGCGGCGGGGGGUGCCCCGGUACCCGCCCGGUACUGUCCCGGUUCCGUCCCGGUACCGACCCGCCGCGAAGCAGCACCGCGGCGCCUUCCAGCGAGGGGCGAGAGCGGCAUCCAUCCCAGGGAAGAGCCGCUGCCAGCCGGUAAUUGGCAUCUAAAGUUUCAUUUACGUUUAUGAAACUGCCGUGGAGAGCCAAGUAGGUACGGCGCUGCCUUCCCGUUAUCCCGCGGGCAGGAUUUAAAGCGCAGCACGCGGAGCUGCACGUUCCUCUGGCGAGGGGCGAUGUGAAAUCGCUGGUAUUUACAAAAAUCCUGGGAGAUACGCUGGACCAGACAAGGGGAGCGCCUUGGCCGGUUCGAGUUUAAGCAUGAAGUCAUGCUAGAACAACUACUGAGCUGUAAGUUGAAGGGAAGAUUAUUUCUGCCUGUGGGAGAAAAAAAGGUGAAUAACCUCCAUGGAAGACUCUCAGGAUCUAGGUGAACAGUCAGUAAAGAAACCGUGUACAGAGUCAGAUGGUUCAGAGCCGCAGAAUCCAAGGUCUAUGGAAAUGCAAGAUCUAGCCAGUCCUCAUAAUCUUGUUGGAAGUAGUGAUGUUACAGGGAGUUCCAAACUGGAUAAAGCUAAUCUCGGUAGCACAUCAGUUACUACAAAUGGAACAGGAGGAGACAACAUGACUGUGUUAAAUACUGCCGACUGGUUGCUGAGUUGCAGUACUCCCUCUUCUGCAACAAGUACAGCAUUGCAUGAUUACCUGAGCACAAAUCAAGUGUCUCUUCUUGCAGUCAAAACAGAACCCAUGAACAGCAGUGAAACAACAACAACAACUGGAGAUGGAUCCCUUGACACUUUUACUGGGUCAGUAAUAACGAGCAGUGGCUACAGCCCAAGAUCUGCACACCAGUACUCUCCACAGAUAUAUCCCUCCAAGCCCUAUCCACACAUUCUUUCUACACCAGCAGCUCAAACAAUGUCUGCCUAUGCUGGACAAACCCAGUAUUCAGGAAUGCAGCAGCCAGCAGUCUACACAGCCUACUCACAGACAGGACAGCCCUACAGCCUGCCCACUUACGAUUUGGGUGUAAUGUUGCCAGGCAUCAAGACGGAAAGUGGGCUCUCGCAGACCCAAUCACCACUACAGAGCGGGUGCCUCAGUUACAGCCCAGGGUUUUCCACCCCACAGCCAGGCCAAACACCCUACUCCUACCAGAUGCCAGGUUCUAGUUUUACACCAUCAUCCACUAUUUAUGCAAACAAUUCUGUUUCAAAUUCAACAAACUUCAGUGCUUCACAACAGGAUUAUCCAUCAUACACAGCUUUUGGCCAAAAUCAAUAUGCACAGUAUUACUCAGCAUCAACAUAUGGUGCAUAUAUGACCUCAAACAACACAGCUGAUGGCACUUCAUCAUCAUCAACCUAUCAGUUACAGGACUCUCUCCCAGGCCUGACUAGUCAACCAGGUACAGAUCUACAUUCAGGGGAGUUUGACACAGUGCAGAGCCCCUCCACGCCAAUCAAAGAUCUUGAUGAGAGAACAUGUAGGAGUUCUGGGUCAAAGUCUCGGGGUAGAGGGCGGAAGAAUAAUCCAUCACCCCCGCCGGACAGUGACUUGGAGCGUGUAUUUGUUUGGGAUUUGGAUGAAACAAUCAUAGUUUUUCAUUCUCUGCUCACAGGAUCCUAUGCACAGAAGUAUGGCAAGGAUCCACCAAUGGCAGUGACCCUUGGACUGCGAAUGGAAGAAAUGAUUUUUAAUCUCGCUGACACACAUUUAUUUUUUAACGAUUUGGAGGAGUGUGAUCAAGUUCAUAUAGAUGAUGUGUCUUCUGAUGAUAAUGGACAAGACCUAAGUACCUACAGUUUUGCAACUGAUGGCUUCCAUGCAGCUGCAAGUAGUGCAAACCUUUGUCUGCCAACAGGUGUAAGAGGAGGGGUUGACUGGAUGAGGAAGCUGGCUUUCCGUUACAGAAGAGUAAAAGAGUUGUAUAAUACUUACAAGAACAACAUAGGAGGACUCCUGGGUCCUGCUAAAAGAGAUGCAUGGUUGCAAUUAAGAGCAGAGAUUGAAGCUCUAACAGACUCCUGGCUAACAAAUGCACUUAAAUCAUUAUCAAUUAUCAGCACAAGGAGUAACUGUGUAAACGUGUUGGUAACAACAACCCAGCUUAUCCCAGCACUUGCGAAAGUUCUACUCUACAGCUUAGGAGGAGCUUUUCCUAUUGAAAAUAUUUACAGUGCAACCAAAAUAGGAAAAGAAAGUUGCUUUGAACGAAUAAUGCAAAGGUUUGGCAGAAAAGUAGUAUAUGUUGUAAUUGGGGAUGGUGUAGAAGAAGAACAGGCAGCAAAAAAGCACAACAUGCCUUUCUGGAGGAUAUCCAGUCAUUCGGACCUCUUGGCUCUCCAUCAAGCACUGGAACUAGAGUAUUUGUAACUGUGUUCUAAAGUUGGCGAUCCUUUUUUUUUAUUUUAUAUAUAUAUAUUUCAAGUACACUGAAUUUUUAUGUGUGAUUCGAUGCCUCUGGCUUUACACAUAUGAAUUGUCUUAAGAAGGGAAGAAAUAUUUGGAAUUAAAAAUUCCAAAUGGAAGAAUUCAGAUUGCUGAAUGGAGUUAAAUCAUUAGUGCUACGUAAGGAAGCUCUAUGGUCUUAUAUAUGCAACGUUUUUAAAUGAAUUCAAACUGUGGAGGUUGCUGGUACACACCAAGUGAGCCCUGACAGGAGUGAACAAAGGACUUGGAACUGGCAAAGCACCAAUACGCGUUUUCCAGCCGACAAGGUGGUGUUCAACAACAUUCCUCAAAAUGGGAUAUAUUCUCAGCACUGAGGUUUGAACCCGACUUUAGCCUACCUAACCCAGAAAAUCUGAAUUGGAAUGCACUCAGACUGUAUAAUGACAAUCCUGUCUAGAUCUGUAAUUUGUGUAAAUUAUUGAUGAAAAUAAUUUACUGUGACUUUAUUAGCAGCUGAUUUUGGAAGUGGAUGCAAUUUUUCUUUCUUUUUGGGGGGCAGGGGAGGGAGAGGGUUAUAUAAUAUUGUGUCUUUUAUAAGUUUGGCAAACAGAAUGUGCAUAAUGAUGUGUUGUGCCUUAAAGAGAAGACUGUGUUCGUGUGUUAUAAUGUAAUUUUGGUUAAAAACUAUGUAGAUAAAAAAAAACAACAAAAAAACAAACCUUUGUGAUAAUUUUUGACAUGACCAAAUUUGAAAUUCAAAGAAAUCUAAGAGAAGGGCUGCACCAAAGCAUUUAAGUAUUUGUUGCAGUAAGAAAAAAAUAAUAAAGGAAAGCUUGUGUUUUUA